CGAGACUGAUUCUGGAAUCCCGAGGCACAUUUUGAAACAAAGUUGGAUUUCUUUGUGAACUCUCUGAGCAGUUCCCAUAAGUUCCCAUAACUUCCCCCACACUGACUCCUGUGGAUAUUCUGAGCCUCAUUCAGACAUGGCCUUUCAGAGAACGGAGGGAAUGUCCAUCAUCCAAGCCUUGGCAAUGACAGUGGCAGAAAUCCCUGUGUUUCUUUACACAACAUUUGGGCAGUCUGUCUUCUCUCAGCUGAGGCUCUCCCCAGGCCUGAGGAAGGUGCUGUUUGCUACGGCUCUUGGGACAGUUGCCAUAGCUCUAGCCGCACACCAGCUGAAGCGGCGUCGACGUCGAAAGAGACAGAUCACCCCAGAAAAGUGUAGCAUUAAGCCUGGAGGAGUCCCUGCCCUCUCUUUACCAACCAAGAAGGUCCCUUCAGUGAAAAAAGGAUACUCCAGCAGGAGAGUACAAAGUCCUAGCAGCAAGAGCAAUGACACACUCAGCGGGAUUUCCUCUAUUGAGCCAAGCAAACAUUCCAGCUCCUCCCACAGCCUAGCCUCGAUAGUGGCUGUGAACUCUUCCAGCCCAACACCAGCAUCUACAGGGCCCUGGGAGACGAGAGCAAUGGAAGAUCCUGGAGCAGCUGGUGACUCUAGUGCUGAAAACCUCUAUAUUCAAGGGAUGGAGCUGUUUGAAGAGGCGCUGCAGAAGUGGGAGCAGGCAUUGACCGUAAGGCAGAGAAACAAUACUAGCACACCAGUCUCUUGGGACAACAAAAAACAUGAAGAAGCUAUGUCUGAGGAGUUGCCUGAGGAGUCCCAGAAAAAGGAGUUUGCAGAGAAGCUUGAAUCUCUCUUGCACCGGGCAUAUCACCUUCAGGAAGAAUUUGGGUCAACGCUCCCUUCGGACAGCAUGCUGCUAGAUCUGGAGAGAACUCUCAUGCUUCCCCUGACAGAUGGGUCACUGAGACUUCGGACAGAUGACGAAGACAGUUUGACUUCUGAGGACUCCUUCUUCUCUGCUGCAGAGCUCAUUGACUCCCUCCAGAUUGGGAAAAUACCUUUUCAGCUUUCCAAGCCAGCAGCUGCAUACGAAGAAGCUCUACAGUUGGUGAAAGAAGGGAGCGUUUCAUGCAGAACACUAAGGACAGAGCUUCUAGGCUGCUACCAUGAUCAGGAUUUCCUGGCAAAGCUGCACUGUGUCAGGCAGGCAUUCCAGGUCCUUCUGCAGGAUGAGAGCAACCAGUUGUUUUUUGGGGAGGUUGGAAAGCAGAUGGUGACAGGAUUAAUGACAAAGGCUGAGAAGAACCCCAAAGGUUUUCUGGAGUGCUAUGAGGAGAUGCUACAUUACGCACUGAAGCAAGACACCUGGCCAACUACUCAGCGGGAACUGGAAGGACGAGGGGUGGUGUGCAUGAAUUUCUUUGAUAUUGUGCUGGACUUCAUUCUCAUGGAUGCUUUUGAGGACCUAGAGAACCCUCCUUCCUCUGUCUUAGCCGUCCUGCGCAACCGCUGGCUCUCAGACAGCUUCAAGGAGACGGCCCUAGCAACUGCCUGCUGGUCAGUUCUGAAAGCAAAGAGGAGGCUUCUAAUGGUACCAGAUGGCUUUAUCUCUCAUUUCUACUCCGUAUCGGAGCACGUCAGUCCUGUUCUAGCCUUUGGUUUUCUGGGGCCCAAACAGCAGCUGUCUGAGGUCUGUGGUUUCUUCAAGCACCAGAUAGUGCAAUAUUUGAAGGACAUGUUUGACCUGGACAAUGUGAGAUACACAACAGUGCAGUUGCUGGCAGAAGACAUUCUGCAGCUGUCACGGCGGCGCAGUGAGAUCCUCCUGGGAUAUUUGGGUAGUGAGACGACCCCAGAAAUGAAUGGGACACUGUCCAGUGAAAAUGGACCCUUGGAUGAGCUCAACUAAUAUUGAAUUAGGGGAGAAAAUCCAUUUUCUUAAGAGACCUUUUUCUAAGAGGUAGCUACACCACCUGUUGUGGUAAUCAGUGGCAACAAAACUAUUUCAUCCCCUGACAUCACUGGACCUGCCCAGAACUACUACUUUUUGUGGCCAGUAGUGUUGGCUGGAAUAGCUCCAGGACCACGCACAGGCUUAUGAUUUGAACCUCCUGUUGUCUAUACCACAUCUUCUGUUUUUUAAAAAAUUUCUUUAAUUGUGACAUAAACUGCCUGGGCCCAAGAUCCUACCCUCCCACAUUACAAGGGGCAGCAGACAAGAACCUUCCCUCCACUAUGUGUUCUCCGGGAGCAGAUCCCUGAUACUUGCAGGGAGUAGGUGGGUAGGUAAAAUGGUGACAGGUUCUCGCCUUGGCGCUUACCUCCUCUUUGAUUGAGAAGGUAUUUUUAAAAGUGACUUCUCUGCCAUGUCUCUCUGGACAUUACUGCUGAUUUUAACGUAUAAAUUUUAUGGUAUACAACGCUACUUUCAGAUAUGAUGGAGAGGAAGAGAAAUAAUUGUUUCCUGUGGGGAGGAAACAUGCUUCUGUAAAGCACUGAAGACUAAAGAAUGGAAGUAAAAUGCAGAUUUUGUAAUGACAGACGCUGGAAGGGAGUUUGUCCUUCAUCCCUAUGUGUUGUUGCUUUUGUAAACUAGACCCUUUCACUGGGGGUCUCAUUGAGAUACCAUUGCAGCCUAUAAUAGGCAUCCUGAGAAUGGUGGUUGUAGGAAGGGGUUGGACUUGUAUCCUGAUUAUACAUGCAUAAAUAUUUCCUCCAAUAUACAUCAGAGUGCCUUGCUGUAUUUCAGAAUUAGCCAAUAAUAAUCAGUCUCUGUCACUGGAUGGGUAUCACAGGGUAUGAAAUACACAGGUGGAGGAAGGAUGUGUAAGAUGGCACCUGCUGCCAUUACUUGUAAAAUGAGCAGAGUAGGAGUUUAGAUAUGAAAUGCAGAAGGUAUUACAUGGUGCAGUUAUUUAAAGAGCUGGGAUUCUGGUUGAAGCUGCUGGAGAGAAGCUCUUAAAUCUCUAGUUUCACCACAUUAAACAAUGUAGUGGUUUUUACAGUUCUCUAUGGAAUGGAUAUAUACAUGUUCUAAAGACAGACAUUCAGAAGUGCUCUCCUGCUGGAGUGAAAUUGUUGACCAUUAACUGUCGGAAGCCUUAUGAUUGAGGUUAAAAUGUGGCUCCUGCUGGUGAUGCAGGGGUUGGACGUUAGUUUAGCAGCAUUCAAGUAACUUGCGUUUGGGACUCCCACAGUUCUUGCUGAGAAGGGUUGCGGAUGAUGCUUUGAAUAUACUGCCACCUCCUACUGUAAAGCCACAAGAGAAGUCUCAGGAGACUACCACACAUCUCUUGGUUUGCCUAGGUUUAGUUCAAGUCAAAGAUAGUGGCCUCAAAGAGAGGACAUAUCCAAGAGUGGAAAAGCAGACACCAUAACAAGAGUAUUGAUGCAAAUAGGGUUCAGCUUUUAGUGUGAUCGGCUUUUCCAGUUCUGCCCCAGGGAAAGAUUGGCUCCUUUUCGUUCAGGAGCUUUAUGAGCCUUGUCUGGCUGUGUUUUGCAAAUGAUGAGAAUACAAAGAUCUUAUAGAAGUUGGAGUGAGUGAACUGAGAAAGUUGUGAAUUGUUCCAGUCCUCUCUAUUUCCUGGGCUAUAGUCAGAGAGGUUCUUCUGCAAAGACAUCUGUGACACAGUUUCUGAUAGUAAAAGCAGACAGAAAAUAAGCAAAAAAGAAUAUGAGAGAGGAUAUGAAAUGAGGAGAUACGGAGUUCCCAGACUCUUGCAAAAAGCCAAGUGUAAUACGCAUGUAGCGUUAUGAUCAUGAUACUCCACAAGUGCAAGAAAAAAAACAAAACGGUGUGCCCCAAAGACCUAACAAACAUAAUAUACAAAGACAAUUGUUUAGGCAUGAGAAAGUGAAAAGCAACAAACCUUAGUGAGGCCUGGUCUGCACCUAAAAAUUAGACUGACCUAGCUACAUCUCUCAGGCUGUGAAAAAUGUUGUGCCCAGUGCAAUGUAGUGAGGUCAAGCUAACCCACACUAUAGAUGCAGCUAGAAUUCUUCAGUUGACCUAGCUCCCAUCUCUUAAAGAGAUGCACUAACUACAUCAACACAAAAACCUCUUCUUUCAGUGUGGAAAGCCAUCUACAAUACAGCAGCACAGCUGUAGACAUUAGUAAAGGCAUACCUUAGGCUUAAUGAAACAAGGGCUGUUGAUUUGAGAGAUGGCAAUUGACACCAGGAAAGCUCUUCCAAGCACGCUGGCAGGAGCCAAACAACAGUUAGAAAAACAGAGGAUGCUGGCAACCUUUCCUACCCAUAUUGAUCAGAAUUAAAAUGUGGGUUGAAUUCUGAAAGCAAGUUACUUUGACCAAAAAAAACGUUUUAUUUUGUGCCCUUGCAUGGCUAUUUUGGAUGAAAGAUGAACUCCAGCAGCUUUGUAGUAGCUGAAAAGAUGCUAAUGAAUGUGAAGACAAAUAGAAUAAGGAAGGAUAAUUGUAAUUCUAAAUAAUUGAUGCUAUUCGCUUUAGGUUUUUAGAGUUUUUGUUGUCUGUGUAUUUGCUGCUUUGAGUGUCUUUACCUGAAUGAAGAUGAGUGGAUCAGAAGCAACCCAUCUGGUACAUGGGUAAGAAUAUUAGCUCUGACUUUCAAAUCCUCACUGGAGAGGACACUAAAACUGGUGGGGGUGGGGGGUGUUGUUUUUUAUAAAGCACAACCCUAUACUUGUACGGUCCUUCUUAAGCUAGGAAAAAUUAAUUCCUAAUCAGUCGAGAGAAGGUGGUGGAUAGGAGGUGACUCCUUUACUCCCCUACUCAUAAUCUGAUGUGAUGUCCUUUUGAUGAAGGCAAAGAAUUCCUCUUCAAGGGUGAUUGUGGCUGGUAAUGCAACUCGAUGUAAUAGUAUUUAUUUUUGUUUCUCUUCUCUUCUCCCCCCCCCCUCCCCAAAACUGACCUGUUCCAUGCACACAACAAAGUCUAGGCCUACUGAUAUGAGCUGCCUCUUGCUCUAAAAGGGGAGGUAGAUCUUUAAAAAAACAAAACAAAACCGCAUUCCAUCCCCCCACCAAAAAGCCUCCCAGAACAAAACAAACCUGGUGCAACCUAUGAGGAGAUAGUAGCCUCAAGAAUAUUUGUUCAAAAUAGUUAAAUCCAAAGGAGAUAUUCUUCCUGGAGUAACCAAUGCUGAUCUACAGUCUGUAGAUAGAAAUGGUAUGCUGCUUUGGAUAUAAACCUCUGAAGGGAUUCAGGGAUGCUCUUAUUGACCUCAGUGCAGUGCAGAUUUGGGUCCAAAAGAAAGAUAAUGUGAUUUGUAUCACUUCUCAAGUUGCAAGACCUUAAGGACCUGUCUGUUUUUAUAUUUAAAAUAUUUUGUGGAGUGUCACAGCGCUCUAUAUGUAAAUGCACAACUGAGCUAGUUGCCAUAGAAUCUACUUUUGCACUAGUACAUUCUUUUGUGUUUGUGAAAUUUCACCAUAUGCUGUGUGUGUGUGAAAGUCCAACAGAUGAAGCACCCGCCUUACUACACGCCUAUAUGGAGAGUUCCUAAGGGAUUCAGUUUUGUGAUGGGGAGGCAGGCAUGAGGGUUAUGAAUAAACAACCUUCUACCCUCCAGCUUAGUGAGAGAUCUCUCUAACAGAAAAUAUUUCCCAGCACUUUGUAUUUAGAGCAAAAGAUACUUUAGUGUUAAUAGCAAGUGAGACAUAUUUGGUUAGACUCUAGAGCAGGGGUGGGCAAACUACAGCUCGGGGGCCGCAUCCGGCCCUUCAGACAUUUUAAUCUGGCCCUCGAGCUCCUGCCAGGAAACAGGGUCAGGGGCUUGCUCUACGCAGCUCCGCUCCGCAUGCUGCCUCCACCCCCGCAGCUCCCGUUGGCCAGCAAACAGGGCCAAUGGGUGCUGCAGGGGCAGUGCCUGCAGACGGGGUAGUAUACAGAGAUGCCUGGCUGCGCCUCUGUUUAGGAGCCAGAGGGGUGACAUGCCGCUAGUUCCAGGAGCUGCUUGAGGUAAGUGCUGCCUGGAGCCUGCACCCCUGACCUCCUCUCAUGCCCCAGCAGUGAUCCCCCUCCCGCCCUCCGAACCCCUUGGUCCCACCCUCCUGCACCCCAAAGCCCACACCUCUAGCCAGAGCCCUCACCCACUCCCACCCCCCACCCCCAAUUUCAUGAGCAUUCAUGGCCCACCAUACAAUUUCCAUACCCAUAUGUGGCACUCGGGCCAAAAAGUUUGCCCACCCCUGCUCUAGAGAUAAGUGGUGUUAGCAUUUUUUAUAACAAACCCUUAUUUUCAAGGGGUUAUAACAUCUCUUAAAUACAUCAAUCUGGGCUAAAAUGAACAAGGUUUUAGCCUUGAGGGAAUUUUUUAAAAAACAUGACUUGAGCAUUAUAAAAAUAAAAACCUGAUGCUUAAACUCAGCACUCCAAACAUGCAUGAUUAUAUUUCCUUCUUAAACUGAAAUUUGACUUCAGUUAAUCUGGAGUGGGAGUUGUUGUGAUGAGCUUCACUAAGUGGUUAAUGGGCCCGUGCACUAUUCUAAUACAUUUAGAGAAUAGACUAGAGCAGUGAUUCUCAAACUGGGGGGGGUCCCGACCUCAUUUUAAUGGGGUUGCUAGGGCUGGUGUUAGAUUUGCUGGGGCCUGGGGCCAAAGCCCAAGCCCCAGUGCCAUGGGUUGCAGGGCUCAGGCUUCAGUCCCCCCUCCUGGGGUCAUGUAGUAAUUUUUGUUGUCAGAAGGGGGUCGCGGUGCAAUUAAGUUUGAGAACCACUGGACUAGAGUAUGUCUACACGGCAAUUAAACACCCACAUGGCCCAUGUCAGCUGACUCAGGCUCAGGCUAUGGUGCUGUAAGAGUCCCAGAGCCUGGGCUGGAGGCUAAGCCCGAAUGUCUACAACCCAGUUAAAUAGCCCCAAAACCUGAGUGCUGCAAGCCCGAGUCAGCAGACAAUGGCCAGCCAUUGGUGUUUAAAUGCAGUACAGAUAUGUUCUAAACAGGUCUGUCAGGCAAAUAUUUUUUUCAAUCACAAAUGUAUGAAAUUAAAGAAGAGAAAAACCUGCUUCAAAAUAUUAGAGUUCAGAAUGGCUUUGAAGAUGAGCAUGACCCACACAUUCAUGGCAAAGGAGAGAGGAUAUGAAAUUCUGCUUUCCCUUAACUGUUUUCAGUGGGACAUUCCUCUGCCAGACCUGAAACUAAAGAAUGUAACCUUGUGCCUGUUGCUUUUUUCUUUUACCUUUAUUUCCUGAUGUGUAAAGAUUCAUCUGAAUCUUGCUCUCCCACCCCUCAUUCCCCCAGCUAAAACUUUUAUAUCUGUUUUGGAUGUGGUAUUAAAUGCAAGUCAAAUAAAUCUUUCCUUCAUCAUA